GCCAUCCAGAGGAACAGACAAUUUUAUCUGAAGUCAGUCAUCUGAGGACACAGCCAUGAAUUCUGAGGCUAUUGAAACUGCAGCCCUCGGACGCCCCCUGCACCCUGGCAUGCUGUAUGACUGUCGCAGUGACACCUUUAUCCCAGGAGUCUCUCUGUGGGAUCAAGCAGCUAUCAAAAAAGAUAUGAAUGUGGAACCACAGCCCAACACGUAUUUUAAUUAUGUUGCGUCCGACUCGAUCACUGAGAAGACCAACCUGAUGGACGUGAGUGCCUCCCUCAAAGCCAGCUUCCUGUUGGGGCUGGUGGAGGUGGAAGGGUCAGCCACUUACCUGAAGGACACCAAGUCCUCCAUGCGACAAUGCAGGGUCACGAUGCAAUACAAACAGACGACUGAGCUCAGGCACCUGACUAUGACCCAACUGGGACAUGUGACGUACCCCAAAGUGUUUGACCAGAAGACUGCUACCCAUGUGGUCACAGCGGUGCUGUACGGGGCUGAGGCCUUCAUGGUCUUCGAUCAGAUGUCUUCUGAUGAGAAAGACAAGCAAGAUAUUCAGGGGAACAUGGACGUGAUGAUUAAGAAGAUCCCUACUAUUGAGAUCAGUGGUAAAGGGAAAGUGGUCCUGACAGACGAGGAGAAGAAGAAGGUGGAGAAUUUCAACUGCACGUUCCACGGUGAUGUUACUCUGGAACAGAACCCCUCCAACUACGAGGAGGCCGUGCUGGUGUACAAAGAGCUUCCGAAGCUGCUGGGGGCGGAUGGGAGUAAAGCUGUGCCUGUGAGGGUCUGGCUCUAUCCUCUGAAGAACCUGAACUCCAAAGCAGCCCAGCUGGUGAGAGAGAUCUGCACGGAGCUGGUGACACGUUUGGAAGCAGUGAUGGGCCAGUUGCAUGAAGCUGAAAUGAGAGCCAACGACUCCAUCAAACGGUGUCUGGCUAUCAAGGCCACUGAUGUAACAGACAAGCUGUACAAAUUCCAAGACAAACGGACCGUUUACACUGAGACCCUUCUGCAGAAUAUAAGUAAGGUUCUGCCAGCUAUCCGGGAGGGUACAGUGGAGGAACAGAAGCUGGUCAACAUCCUGAAGUUCCAUGAAGAAUCAUCUUUCACUCAUGACAAAAUGAAAAAAUGGCUUGAUGACAAAGAGUCUGAAAUAGGGGUCUUGGAAAGUUACAUCAGUCUUCUGGAAAACAUUCCAAUUGUGCUACCCGGGCCUGAGCUGAACAAAGUUCUCUUUGAUCCCAGAAACAAAACUGUCUACAUCUUCACCUUCACCUCACUGCAGUAUGAGGAACCGUACCUCUCAAACCUCCACGAAUGCCUGACUUCAACAAAGUUCAAGAAAAUGGAGGAGAUCUCUGUGGCUCGUGACCUCAGCUUCAAAGAGGAGGCCCUGCCGUGGUUCAGUGACCCAGCGAUCUCUCAGAGAAUGAGAACGUUUGUGACGGCAUUUGUGGGGUGGAAGAAGCUACCCAACUUCUUCAUUAGUUACGUUCCAGACACCUCAUUCCAUGGAGCUUCUCUUUUUACAUAUGACGAAGGGCAACUGGCAAAAAGGGUAUGAAGGGGGAGCUUGCAGGGUGGGGCUGCAGAGGAUGCACAAGAGAGGUGGAAUGGAACAUUCAAGACACACUGGCUACUCAGGAAGAGAAGAAGAAAAGUAACAGAAAAUAAGAAAGCUGGCAUGGAUAGAUUUGCCUCUCGCUCUCUCUCUCUCUCUCUCUCUCGCUGCUUGUUUGUUUCGUGCUCUCUCUUCCUCUCUCUCCCUCACACACACAUUCCCUAACAUGAUUUUGUUGAAUAAUCAAAGAUUAAAUUUUGUAAUCACAGUUAAGUUUGAUAAUCAGAUCUUUCUCUGAACUGUGUUUAAUGUCUGAAUAUUUUUAUGUAAUUUUUUGUUUUGAUUAUACAUCAUAAUAAUCAUAAUAACAAUAGUUACCAUAGUAAUAUAUUGCUGAAUGCUGAUUUCUUUGAUUG